AUGGUGACGCGAUUGUUUUCCUGCUGUUUCCAACCGAUUUACGACAUGAUUUACAAAAGGAUGUCGAAACGGAUCAGACAUAUGGAGAUCCAACUCUCCAGAGAGCACAUUUGUCGUGAGUUUUUGGCCGGAUACAUUGGAUUUGUUCCGAUUUUUCAGAGGAACUCCGCGAAAAAGUAUCGCAAUUUCGAGUGAGGCGAGAAGAAGAGCUCGAACCGAUCAAAGAGGAAAUAUUCGAGCUUGAAACUUCUAUAAAAGACAAACAGAACGAGUUGGAACGUGUAGGGGAAGAUAUACUCGAGCUCCAGAAUACUGGAGCUUCUGGAGAGGAAAUUCAAAAAAAGGUGGGACUUCUUUGAGAACUUCAAUCCACUCGAAAUGCAUCAUCAUUUCAAAGUUUCUCGAAAAACUUUUUCCAGAGAAGCCAGCGAGAACGUCUCCGGCUAGAACUGAUCCCAUUGGUAGACAGGAGGAACUACCUCCAAGAAGAUCUGACCCAAAAACGACGGGAAAUCGACGAGCAAGUUGAAAUUCUCUAUGAAAAGCUUGACCGUGGGGAAAUUUUCUGA